AUUCUGGGGAUGCUGUUGCAGGAAAUCAGUGCAGAGCAAGCAGAGUGUGUGUGUGCCCGGAGAUUUUGUUGUUUCUUGUUUGUUUAAAGAGUUAUCCUCUGAUCCUAAAUAGGUUUUAUAAAGACAGAAGAUAUUUGAUGUAUCAUCCAAACUGACCACAAUAUACAGCAAAGCACUGGAUACAAGUACGGUACCAAUGACAUCUGCAGCUGUCCGAGAAAAUCUCACGUGAAUAUGAGGUUUCUGGGACGAAUGAUCAGGAUGAAGAUGCUACGUUUGUCGUGUGCUAUCAUCGUUAUACUCCUCUUUUUCUUCGGUGCUCUUGCUGCCCUGCUUCCAAAUGCAGAUGAAACUGGCAAGCUAGGUGUUCGGAGGGCAGCUUGGUAUUCUGAGAAGUCCUCAGAAGACUCCUUCACUCUCAUCAUGCAGACCUAUAACAGGACAGACCUCUUACUGAAGAUGUUAAACCAUUACCAGGCCGUGCCACAUCUGAGCCGAAUACUAGUGGUAUGGAAUAAUGUGGGUCAGGAUCCUCCUGUAGAUCUGUGGGAGAAUUGGGGUCCUCACCCUGUACCUGUUUUGUUUAAGAAGCAGAGUGCCAAUCUCAUGAGGAACAGACUGCAGAAUUUCCCCGAGAUUCAAACCCAAGCUAUUCUAAUGAUGGAUGACGACACUCUCGUUAGUGCUCAUGAUGUUUCCUUCGCCUUCUCUGUGUGGCAGCAAUUUCCAUCACAGAUAGUGGGAUUUGUACCACGGAAACAUACCUCCUCAUCCACUGGAAUAUAUAGCUAUGGGAGCUUUGAGUUGCAGGCAUCACAACCUAGGAAUGGUGACCUUUACUCCAUGAUACUCAUCGGGGCUGCGUUUUUUCACAGUGACUACCUAAAGCUCUUCGAGGGCUUACCCAUUUCAAUCCAUACCAUGAUAGAUAAAACACAGAACUGUGAUGAUAUUGCAAUGAAUUUUUUAGUGGCUAAUCACACUGGGAGGGCCUCGGGUGUGUUUGUAAAACCCACAGAUAUGAGGAACCUGGAGAAGGAUGCAGAAAGUGGAUACACAGGGAUGUGGCAUCGUUCAGAGCAUCUCCUGCAGAGAUCUUACUGUCUCAACAAGCUGGCUGGGAUUUACGGCAAGAUGCCUCUUAAAUAUUCCGCAAUAAUGAUUUCACAGUUUGGUUUUCCAAACUAUGCCAAUCAUAAAUCUUAAAUCUAGACAAGAUAGAAUGCAUACUAGUUGUUGAGCUUAUUACAUUACAAAUCCAAUUGAUGCGAGUGCAUGUCGAGUCAAUAGACGCCAUUAUGAGAAAAUUGUGCUAUUUUGAAAUGUUUUGUAUUAAAACCUUUAAUGAGU